AAAAUAUCAAACUCCACUGUCCCAAGUGUGCAUCAUAUAGUUCACAGUUCCUUUCUUCCUACCACAUUUGCAGCCAUGGAAAUCUUGAAAAUAUUUUUCGUUAUUUCUGCAAUACUUGGUUGUUUCUCAUGGCCUAGUAUGCAGAGCGAUUUGGAGACGUACAUAGUUCAAGUCGAAUCUCCAGAAAGCCAAAUUUCCACUCAAUCAUCAAGGACGGAUUUGGAGAGGUGGUACAAGUCUUUCUUGCCAAAUACCAUAGCAACCGCUGGCUCACAAGAAGGGUCGCGAUUGAUAUAUUCGUACCACAAUGUGAUGAAAGGCUUUGCAGCAAGAUUAUCAGCAGAACAAUUGAAGGAAAUGGAGAAGAAACCAGGUUUUAUAUCAGCGUGGCCUCAGAGGAAAUUGUUGUUGCACAGUACACAUACUCCGAGUUUUCUUGGAUUGCAACAGAACGUUGGAUUGUGGAAGGAUGCAACUUAUGGAAAAGGUGUUAUCAUUGGAAUCUUGGACACUGGGAUUUUCCCUGACCAUCCUUCAUUUAGCGACAAAGGGAUGCCUCCUCCGCCUGCUAAAUGGAAGGGCAAGUGUGAAUCGGACUUCUCAACAAAGUGUAACAACAAGCUCAUUGGUGCGAGGACUUACCCAACAUUCAGUGAUUCACCGAUAGAUGAUAUUGGACAUGGUACACACACUGCCAGCACAGCUGCGGGAAGUUUUGUGAAAGGUGCCAAUGUGUAUGAGAACGCUAAAGGCACUGCGGUUGGGAUUGCUCCUCUUGCUCACCUCGCCAUUUAUAAGGUUUGUGAUUCAUUGGGUUGCGCCGACAGUGACCUUCUAGCGUCCAUCGAUGCAGCUAUUGAUGAUGGAGUAGAUAUCUUGUCCAUAUCCAUUGGUGGUAAUAGCAGGUCAUUCUAUGGUGAUCCCAUUGCACUCGGGGCAUUAAGUGCAGCAAAAAAAGGUAUUCUUGUAAGUUGCUCUGCCGGUAAUGGUGGUCCAUCCGAUAGCAGCUUAUCAAAUGAAGCUCCGUGGAUUCUAACAGUAGGUGCAAGCACUCUUGACAGGAAACUCAAGGCCACAGUUAAGCUCGGAAACCAAAAAGUAUUCAAGGGCGAAUCAGCAUUUCAUCCAAAGGGUCACAAUUCAGCAUUUUACCCUUUGUUUGAU